ACGUCGGUAUCUCCGACACACAAAAAGGAAUUCCAAUUUCUCCCUCCAAAGUCCAACCACCCUCAAAUCAAUUGACCCAUUUUCUCUCUCCUAAAAUCCUCGCAUUUCAUCUUCCUCCUUUUCAUGGAAUUUCUUCGUCAAAAUCAUCAUCGUCGUAAUCCUAAAAACCUAGAAAUCGAUCACUGUGAACUUUGUUUCUGACUAGAUUUUACUUCUCCGGCGUGUUGUUGAUUUUCCGAUGGAUUUUCCGGCGAGAUUGAUGAUCCAAAUGGCGUUGGAUUCACUUGUUCCGUCGUUAUGGGAGAUUGAAGUCACCUUCGCCGCCGCUGUCUUUGUGAUUGCUGCUUACUGGUACUUCACUCUUUGUGAUUGCAAUAGUCGUGGUUUUAGUCAGAGUCUUGAUUCCGCCGAUACUAUUGAGGAGAGAGAUAAAAUUGGCCAGCUAAAAUAUGAUACUCAUACUCAAGCAGGGUACUUGAUCAAGGUUGGGCUGUUGGCAGCAAAGAAUCUUAUUGCUGCAAAUCUGAAUGGCACAUCGGAUCCUUAUGCCAUUGUUACUUGCAGUACAGAGAAAAGAUUCAGUUCAAUGGUUCCUGGUUCAAGAAAUCCUAUGUGGGGAGAAGAGUUUAACUUCGUUGUUGACCAGUUGCCCAUCCAGAUUAAAGUGACAAUCUAUGACUGGGAUAUAAUAUGGAAAAGUGCAGUUCUUGGCUCAGUUACAGUAUCUGUGGAUUCCGUGGGUGAUUCUGGUGCAGUAUGGCAUCCAUUGGAUAGCUCUUCAGGAAUGGUUUGUCUUGAUAUCAAGACUAUGCUUUCAAACUCUUCCAGUGUUUUAAAUGGCUAUGGUGGAGGAAAUGCUCGCAGGAGAGUUUCUCCGGAAAAACAAGGACCAAAAGAUAAGCAAGAGGCGAUGGUAGUAUACCAAAAGCCUGGGCCAUUGCAAAUGAUAUUUGAUCAACCGGCUGAUGAGGCUGUUGAGCAUAGUUAUUCUUGCGCAUUGGAGAGAUCUUUUUUGUAUCAUGGUCGUAUGUAUAUUUCUGCAUGGCACAUUUGCUUUCACUCAAAUGUGUUUUCUAAGCAAAUGAAGGUGAUUAUUCCCUUUGAGGACAUAGAUGAAAUUCGAAGAAGUCAGCAUGCCGUAAUUAACCCUGCUAUCACAAUCAUCCUUCGGCUUGGUGCUGGUGGCUUAGGUGUACCACCUUUGGGAAGUUCAGACGGAAGAGUUAGGUACAAAUUUGCAUCGUUUUGGAAUAGGAAUCAUGCCUUGAAGAUAUUGCAGCGUUCUGCUAAAAACUUUCUUGUAAUGCUAGAAGCUGAAAAGAAGGCUAAGGCAUUGUCAGAACUUCGUGCGCACAGUAGUUCCAAACUGGCGGGUCAGCAGAAGUCUGAAAAAGUUCUUGAAGAAAUCAUUCCCAAGACUGAUAAGUUUCAACCAUUCGUCAAGGAUGAGGCCCUUGUCAGUAUAUAUAAUGAUAAAUUUCCAUGCACUGCUGAGCAAUUUUUUAAUUUAUUGUUGAGUGAUGAGUCGAACUAUAUAAAUGAGUUUCGUUCAGCACGGAAGGAUACUAAUGUUAUUAUAGGACAGUGGCAUGCGACAGAUGAGUAUGAGGGUUUAGUCAGAGAAUUGACUUUUCGCUCUUUAUGCAAGAGCCCCAUGUGCCCCCCAGACACAGCAAUGACAGAGUGGCAGCAUGUAGUUUUAUCUCCAGAUAAGACAGUACUGGUUUUUGAAACAGUGCAACAGGCACAUGAUGUCCCAUUCGGGUCCUAUUUUGAGGUGCAUUGUAAGUGGCAUCUUGAAACUUGUUCCGAGUCAUCUUCUACCAUAGGCGUAAAAGCUGGUGCUCACUUUAAGAAAUGGUGUAUCAUGUCAUCGAAAAUUAAGUCUGGGGCUGUGGAUGAGUACAAGCAUGAGGUGCGGUUGAUGACAGAGGCAGCUUGCUCUUACAUUAAGUCUAGGAGUAGCUUCUCCAUUGCAGGCAAUGCAGAUGAUAGUGGCCAAAUGUCUACUGAUAUACAAGAAAGUGAGUGAGUGGAAGCAACUUUACAUGACUGGUUUCUUCAGUUUUGAUCAUAUGGUGCCUUGUUUGUGCAUAGUGUUUGUAUUUACACCCUUGUUAAUUGUUUUUCAAAUGUUGUCAUUGUUUUUUCAACAUAAGGUUUCGUUUGAAAUCGCCCUGUUUCAUUAGCAAUAAAGCUUAAUGGUGGCGGCGGUGGUGGUUCCCCUUGUAAUACCCCUUACCUUGUAUGUAGUCUUAGGAAUUAUUAUUAUUAUUGUUCUGUUGUAUUUAGGGCUAUGGUAUGCUGUAAUGUUAACAACUUUAUCUCUUUCUCUAUUCUAUAAGUCUAUUCUUGAA